UUCAGUAAUUUUCUCUGUGGAUCGUAUAUGGGUUGAUAGCAAACAACAAGGGAAAAUCCCAUGCCCCCACAUCAUCUACAAGAGUCAAUGCUGCAAUGUUACAGCUAUGUCACUUAGAUUCUACCUUGGACACCCCUAUAUUGCAAAAAAGCAAACAAACAACAACUUUCUUUUCCCUUCAAUUCAAAGCCUUUAUCAUCUAUAAACUUCCCAAAACACUACAAACAUUUCCUCUUUGCAACAUCAGAACUUGUCACAUCUAGAAGAGAUCCUAAGAUCCCUCUCAUGGGCGUCGAUCUUUUCUCUUUCAUAUUCAUAAUAUUUUCAUGGGCAUCAUUGCUCUCAAUGAAAGCUGAAGCUGAAGCUGAAGGGAUUAAAUCUGCUCGCCUUCUUGAUCUUCUCAUUAGGGACUACACUGUGAAGUCUCUUGACAGGGACUUGAGAACAGGUAUUGUUCACACUGUAACUUUACCUGCAAAUUUCUCUGGCAUCAAAGUGGAUACAGUAAGGUUCAGAUGUGGAAGUCUUCACAGAUAUGGUGCUCAGGUUAAGGAAUUUCAUCUGGGAAGUGGUGUGAUUGUGCAGCCUUGUGCAGAGAGAGUGAUGGUAGUAAGACAAAACUUGGGUUAUAAUUGGUCAUCCAUCUAUUAUGCUAACUAUGAUCUAUCAGGUUACCAGCUGGUGUCACCUAUACUAGGCCUCCUCGCUUAUAAUGCUGACAGUGAUCUGAGUUAUGGUAGCCCUUUUGAGCUUGGGAUUCUAGCCAGGGAAAAACCAAUUAAAAUAAAUUUCAGCAACAUUACAAAGGCAUCCAACAAGACAGGAAACUGGCCAUUAUGCGCUAGUUUUGAAGGAAAUGGCAAAGUAACAUUGAAGAAGCAAGUAUCACCCAAUGUUUGUGUUGCAACCAAGCAUGGCCAUUUCGGUUUGGUAAUGGAAUCACCACCACCAUCGUUGCCAGUGAGGAAGAAGAUCAGCAGAUGGAAACUGGUGGUGGGAAGCUCGGUGGGAGCUGCUUUGGGUGCUUUCCUCUUAGGGUUGCUUUUAGUGGCAAUGUUUGUUAAAGUGAAGAAGAAAGCAAGAAUGGAGGAAUUGGUGAGAAGAGCGUAUGAAGAGGAAGCUCUUCAAGUUUCCAUGGUUGGACAUAUAAGGGCUCGAACAACACCUACAAUCUAACAUGAUCUUUGAGUAUGUACGAUCAUUCUUUUGGAAAGGUUAGCUCUAUUUGUACCUGAAAUAGAAAAACAAAAUCCAACCAAAUAUUCUUAUGUUCAAUAUCCAGAAACAGAACAACUCUGUUUUUCAAAGGAUAUGUUGGUUCACUUCAUUAUUCAGUCAGUGUCUAGGAAAAUGACAACCCUGUCCAGGAUAUGUUCUUUUUCUUACAUCUCUUACUAAGGGAUUCAGCAUUCUAUAUCUUGUUUAUUUGAAAUUUCGGAUUUCAAAUAGCAUAAAGGGGAAGGGUUUUUCUUUUCUUUUUGGUGUACAAUACAAUACAUUAGUCAAAAAGCCAUGACCAUGAGCUUUAAGUAUUUUCUGAAAAUGCUUGUAACUUUCACUGACAAUAAAAGGUCAAAAGAAACCCAAAGUGCCCCAUUAACCCGUCAUCCAUCCCCACUCCCAUCAACAUGCUUGAGAUCAGAUCAACAAAACAUGAAAAAAGUUUGCAUGUAAAACAUUGGAUACUGCUUCUUUCUUUUUUUUUAAGAAGGUAAGUUAUUGGCUGAGAGGAGACUCUUUGAUUGAUAGGUGUGGCAAAGUUUGAACGCAAAGACUACAUGCUUUGCAAAUCCUUUUUCUCCUUUGUGUAUCAAAAGUCAAAACAUAAUUAUCAGCCAAAAACCCUUGAAAUUUAAGACUUAGGGUGUAUGACUAUGGACCACAAUUCGUUGGCUUCCAUAUUAUAUAACAAGAGAUUUUCAGCUUCUAAUGUAACAGACUAAUAUAUGAAUUAAAAAAAAAAGUAUUCUCGUGCAAUUGAAAAGGAAAAACAAUUAUUUCCCUCAGUUAAGAUAGAAAAUAGGUCUCGGCUAUGCCAGCCAAAAGUGGGACCUUUAAUUCAUGGAUGUUAUAAUUAACCUUCAUUUCUUUUUCUUAUAUUAUGGCCUAAAUCUUCCAUUGUUACAAAGAAUGCAAAUUCUGGAUAAAACAAAUUGUAUAUAAACCUAAAUCCGUUGAAAAAAAAUAAAUUAAUUGAGUUAGAAUUUCGUAUGCAGUAUGUUUAUACUUUUUUGGCUAUGGAUCAGGUUUAGUGAUGAAUUUGGGUGUCUUCGAUCUCUUGCAAGACGAGCAUAAGCUAAAGGGUGCUGAAGUUUGUGCUUGGGAAUAAUGCUUAAGUCGGUCUCAAAGCUUUGAAAUAGAGAAAUCAAGGGAUAAAGUUGAAAAUAAUGAAUAAGAGAUGAAGAUAAGACAUGUGAAGGUGGAGAUGAAAGACUCCCGUGACCUAAUGAUGACCUAAAAAAAGCUUGGACAUCAUUUUCUUUGCGAAAUAUGUAAAAGUAAAAGCUAACUUGUUUGGCUUGAUGGUAUUCGUCGAGGGACUAGGCUCUAUCAAGUGUGUGGGAGCUAAAGAAAUAAGAGUCAAUAAGGUGAAAGGUUUGCUACUAACAAGUAGGUGUUUACUGCUAAGAAGCGGAAAUUGUUGAGGAAGAGAAGUUUGCUGCUGAAAAUCAGUUGUUGAGGGGUUUAUUAGAUGGCUGAGAUUUUUCUUAGAUAUUCUAACAGUGUGUGUCAAUCUUUUUGAUGUCUUAGCUUGACAGAGCAAUUAUAAGCAGUCAAACAUGAUACACCUAAUGUGUUAAAUUAUAUUUGGUUAGGUGAUACAAUUUUUUUGAUGUAAUACUUGCUGAAGUUUUAGGGUAUGAUCAACCAUUGCAACAACAGUAGUCUUUUGUAUAUUAUCCACCAAAAUCUUAAUGAAAGAUAGACUAUUCAGUUGUAAAA